AUGGAGCUGCUGUGCUGCGAGGGCACCCGGCACGCGCGGGCCGGGCCCGACCCGCGGCUGCUGGGGGACCAGCGCGUCCUGCAGAGCUUGCUCCGCCUGGAGGAGCGCUACGUGCCCAGCGCCUCCUACUUCCAGUGCGUGCAGAAGGAGAUCAAGCCGCACAUGCGGAAGAUGCUGGCCUACUGGAUGCUCGAGGUGUGCGAGGAGCAGCGCUGCGAGGAGGAAGUCUUCCCCCUGGCCAUGAACUACCUGGAUCGCUACCUGUCGUGCGUCCCCACGCGCAAGGCGCAGCUGCAGCUGCUGGGCUCCGUGUGCAUGCUGCUGGCCUCCAAGCUGCGCGAGACCAAGCCCCUGACCAUCGAGAAACUCUGCAUCUACACCGACCACGCCGUGUCUCCCCACCAGAUGCGGGGAUGGGAGUGCCUGGUGCUGGGGAAACUUAAGUGGGACUUGGCCGCAGUGAUCGCCCAGGACUUCCUGGCCCUGAUUCUGCACCGCCUCUCGCUGCCCCGAGACCGCCAGGCCCUGGUCAGGAAGCACGCCCAGACCUUCCUGGCCCUCUGCGCCACAGAUUACACCUUUGCCAUGUACCCGCCUUCCAUGAUCGCCACGGGCAGCAUCGGGGCUGCGGUGCAGGGCCUGGGGGCCUGUUCCACCUCGGGCGAUGAGCUCACGGAGCUGCUGGCCGGGAUCACGGGCACCGAAGUGGACUGCCUGCGGGCCUGUCAGGAGCAGAUAGAAGCCGCCCUCAGGGAGAGCCUCAGGGAUGCGGCCCAGACCUCGGGCAGCCCAGCGCCCAAAGCCCCCCGGGGCUCCAGCAGCCAGGGCCCAUCGCAGACCAGCACUCCCACAGACGUCACCGCCAUCCACCUGUAGCCGUCCGUGCCUGCCCCCCCCCCCACCCGUCGCAGGAACGAGCCCACCAGAAGCCCGACGGGGGUUCCUUCCUGCCCACCCACCGCCCAGCCCGAGGGGGCGGGGGCCACCCUCUCCCUGCAGUGCACUAAGGGGCUCCCCGGCCCCUCUCCCUCCACCCCUGCCUCUGACCAGCUCAGCCCCUUCCCCCCCCUUUUACUUGGCCUUGGGUCUGGCUGGUCAGACGAUUUCAGACUUAUGCAAAACGUGCACCAGCGUAACUUUCUGGGGUUUCUCUUGUCACGGGGGUUGGGGAGGGGGGGAGAGGGAUGUCUCAUGUUCUCAACUGCCAAAAUUGCCCUCGGUGCCUUCCGGACGACCCCUUUCUCGUUAUGACGUUUGGAUUGGGGUCUCUCUCCCCGCACAAGUUCCCGCUGUCUCUGACAGGGAGGUGUGCCAGGGAACGGCGUGCCUAGACAGCGGCCUCCCCACCCCCACCCCCGGGGAAGCCCUGAAAUGAUCCAGGCUGAGGCUCUUCUCAGCAGAGGGGCAAGCGGAAGCCACCCCAAUUCCUCGUGCUUUGCUUCCCGCCGAAGACAAGAGGUAGCUUUAACUUAUAGCCUGAGCGCCGGCUGCCUCCCCCUCUGCCGCUGGCCAGAGGAUCUUGUGGCCCAGGAGCUGCUACACCUGGGUGGGGCCGCCUCUCCCCCCCUGCCCCAUCCUCUGCACGGAGAGGGGCGAGCCCCGAUCAUACAGGUCUUCCCUACGGUCACAAGGUCCAGGCCCGGCCGGUGGCCCGGGACCAUCAAGCUACCUUA